CAUAAACUUGCCCCAGAGCUAAGGGACUGAUCAGCCGUUCGCGUGACCAGCGUCGACCACUCACCUUCACUUCUGAGCAACGCCGCCUACGAUGCGUUUCUCCAUUCUCUCCUCGAUUGCCGCGCUCUCCGCGAGCACCCUCGCAUUUGCUCAGAUCACGCCUCCUGUAUACGAGGAAACCUCGUUCAGUUCCAAGUACACCAAUACUGAUGCAUCCGUCGACAUCCUCACCUGCGGCUCUCAGCUCGCUGCUGAAGGGUACACCACCGUCGGUGCUAUCCCCGGUAACAUCGCCGGGUUCGCCAACAUCACCAGCGCAGACUCUUCCCUCUGCGGGCAAUGUUACACCCUGGAGUACGCGGGGGCGUUCCUCACCAUUCGUGUCGUGGACACGGCGGAGACCGGCGUCGUGACCACGAAGGGCGCAUAUGAGACUCUGACGGGAAACCAAACGCCGAUCCCUACCAGUGUUGAUGCUCGGGUUUUGGAGGGUCCUACUAGCUGCUGAAGCUUAUAGCGCUGAAGCACUACCUACAAUAAGUACAGCCUAUACACACAUCACAAUUAAUUAGGAAUGUGACGUACAGGGAGCUCCGAGUCGAGAUCUGAUUUAGAGUAUAUGGUGGUUGAAGUCGGCCUUGAGUCGAGGCACAGCGGUAGUGCAAAUGAAUGCAAACCUGGAUCGCAUAUCUUCUAAGUUACGCCAUGACCACGCAGAACUGAGCCCAGUAUAACAAGAAAGAAAGGGAACCAAACAUAUGAUCCUCGAAGCUGUUUGACUCAA